AUGGAUUCAACACCCUCAACUCAGCUUACCAUCGUACUAAUUCAGGGCUCUUUUCAGCUACCAGAAGUGUAUGGGAAGUUAACAAAAGCCCUCGAAGCAAAAGGCUAUCCUGUUAUCCACCCUCUUCUUCCAAGCUUAGUGGAUCCGGACAAGCCUGACUUUGCUUCAAAGUCUCUUUCUACCGACGCAAAUGCUGUACAGUCAGUGCUUCGACGCCUUAUUGAGGAUGAAUCGCGAACCGUGUUGGUUCUUAUGCACUCUUAUGGAGGUCUCGUAGGAAGCGAGGCAGUCUUGGAGGAAUUCAACUGGAAUAAGCGUAAAGACCGGGGUCUAAGCGGUGGAGUUAUCCAUCUGUUCUUCUUCGCCGCCUUUGUUCUUGCGGAAGGCCAAUCGGUGUUAAGCGCAUUCGGAGAGUCUCCUAACAAUGAGAUCCGUCCCGGUGGUCGUCUCCGCGUCAAGAACCCCGCACAAGUCUUGUACAGUGACUUACCUACCGAAGAAGCCGAGUACUGGACAUCCAAGAUAAUCGAUCAGUCCUAUGCCGUCCAAACUACUAAGCUUACCCGCGCCGCAUACCGCUAUAUAUCAUCAACCUACGUAGUAUGCGAGAAUGACCAAGGUCCGCCGCCGCUGUACCAGGAGAUGUGGGGCAAAAACGCAGGUUCUGUUAUGCUUAGAAUCAACUCAGGGCACUCUCCAAUGCUUAACAAGACGGAUGAACUUGUAAACAUGAUUGUAGAAGCCGCGCAGGGUGCAAUUAAGAAUACUCAUUAA